UUUAAUAGAACAGUUACCUCAAUCGAAACCAUGGCGCCGCUUGUGGUGGAAGGCGAAACUUUGGGACAGAAACAUCGAAACUACAAUAAAAUAGUAAAAGAAACUACAAUGGAAGUGAUCCCAGACAUCAACUACGAGGAACCUGAUCUGGACAAUCUUUUGAGAAUAGACAUAGCCUGCAGAAACAGAAAUAUCGACUACAUUAUCAAAGUGCUCCAGUGUGAAGACAUGCUCUACGUGUCGCGAGCCAUCAAACGGUCCACUUGGCUGAUAACCGACCCGCAAUAUGCAGACAUCGUGAAUCCUAAAUACCUCAAAGAGCAGCUGUCUCCCAAGAUGAUGACGAAGGCCUUCAACAAACUCCUUCUGAACAUAAGAUUGCAUCUGAAGGAUGAAAAACGCGUCGAAGAAUUCUUCAACUAUUAUGAGGAGAGAGAUUUGCAAGUAGCUUUCAAAUGGUUGCAUCAUUGUUCAAUUCAUUUUACAGAAACGAUUGUACAAAAACACGUCCAAGUAAUCCCUACACAUAUCAUUAUAAGACUUUGCGAAAAAUCCAUUACGUUUCUCGAUGUGUACAUGCGUCACAGCGUGUCUUACUACAAACGUGACGUGUUAGCGGCGACCGUUCUUCUUUUGAAUAAGAAUAUGGACAAAUAUCUGGACAUCGUGGAAGCGUCUGAACUAUUUUUAGAUCUACUAAAGACUUCAAGGGCACUCAUUCUUUUCUUUACCUUUUCACUACACUCGUCAGAAGCGUUUUGGAAUACGGUAGUCCAAUAUGCUCCCACAUUCGGACCGAAAGCAACUAAAUUAAUUAUGAGAAAAUGCAGCGAGAGAGUUAUGAAAAAUCUUGAAAAGUAUGCUCUACACGUCCACGUGCCAACAAUUGUGAAGUUUAUUAAACGGGAGGACAUAAAAGAUUUUAUAACGUCGAACAUAAAAAAUAAGAAAUUACGUUCCUGGUUCACGUACAGCAACAUAAAGCCUUUCCUCAGCCGCCUGCCCAUUGAGGAUCGCUUCGAGUUCAUUAAAGAAGCUUUCGUUGAUAACAAGCAAGAGGACGAACCCGAUGACAAUGUUAGAUAUUUAUGUGCUAUGUCGAGUCGUAAUGAAUCUUCUUCAAAAAAUGUAUAUCGUUGGUACGUGUACGCACCUUUCAAAACUGCUUUUGUAGAUUUAAAGAAACUGAUCCGCACAGAAUCGAAGCCUAACGAGAGAACGUCCAUGUUCGGAGUGAUGCUGACAUGCGCCGGCAAAGAUAUGAAGAACAUACACACACUUCUGAAAUAUUAUCGAGAGAACCAUAUAAAUGAGCCAUUUAAGUUCAAAGUACAGUUUGUCAAUAUGGUUAUUAGUUACACAAACACUCACAGGUUGGACAAGGAGUCGUGGGGAUAUUUGAACGACUUGUUCAGCAGCAUGGACGUGUACACCGAAUCUGAUAAGCUCGACCAAAACUGCGUGAAGUCGAUAAUACUGUAUAACGUUAUCCACGACGAGCCCGUACCCGACAUAAUCGAAAAUAAAUUUUACUUUGACACCUUUAAAACGAGUCAAAAGAAGUUAUCGGCAGAGGAAAAAGAAAAACUGUUUUCCUAUUUAUAUAAAUAUCUGAUAUCUAAAUUUGAUUCCAUUAAAAUAAAUGACAAAAAAGAAUUAAGUGAUGCGGUAAAUGUGUUGAAGAAUUUGUUAAAUCUGCUCGUCGAUUGGAAUAAGGAACUUCAAGAUUUCCCCGUGAUAUUGAGUAAAGUAAAAGAAAUCAUUCAUAUUAGUCUGAAGAAUAAAUGGGAUGAAGACGUUUCGAUAGUGUAUAGCAUUAAAGACUCUUGGCGAAAGCUUUUAUUUGCAGAGUCGAUUGUUUUGAAUCCCACUCAAGAGGCUUGUGUUAAUGCUCUUAAACACGGCCCAGAACUGUUGAGAACAUACAAAAAUGAAGUUGAGUCUCUUUGUCUGAAAUACAAUAAACUCAUUAUUCGUUUUCUCAAAAAAGUACGCGUUUACUGGUCGCAGUCUCUAGCAAACGAUUACAAAAACUUAUUUUUUAACAAAUUAGAUCAAAAGAUGACAUAUAGAGCUUCAGUCGUAGGACUCUGUACAUUGCUUUCGAAAAACGAUCUUUCGAAUUUAAUACAUAAGUAUGUGCCGAGUGAAUACAAAAUUGACUGGAGUCAGCCAGACGAUAUUGAGCUCAACCUUCGCAAGCAAAUCGCUUCGAGUCUGCACCUCGCAAGACCUCAACCUUCCCCUGCUGCUGUUUUGUUGUUCGCUAAAGGAGAUUACCUACAAUUCGUGCUUCCUUCAUUAAAUGCAAUUCUUUACAACAUGAGUAGCGUUCAGACUCGUGAGUACCUGACCCCGCUGCUAAAUGCGCCAGUGUCGUUACAAAAACACGGUAUUCGAACCGCUUUUGCUAAACUCAAACGCGACGAACUGAAGAAGAUGUUCUCUGAUAUUUGGAUAACCAAUAAAAACAGCAGCAUUCGAGCGGCGAUCUUUAUCCAAACUUUAGAUUUUCUAUGUAAACAAAAUGAACCGUCGGCUACAAGAGAAGUGUGGGAACUACUCAGUGUGUUUAUUGAUAACUUGACGUCUGAAGAAGAUAAGAGUAUAUACACUCGACUAAGCAAAGUUGAAAAGGUACCAAUGUCAGUGCGACCGGAGUUCUGGAUUAAGAGUUACAAAUUUCUGAAGUCAUUGCCUCCCAAAACUACUGGUGCUGACCUCCUGGGUCGCUUAAGGAGCAACAUGGACGACUUGAUGGAAUUCCUAGAUGAUGAUUUUGUUCUUGAGUUAUUCAUGGAAUCUUUCGAUGAGAACUUUAGUACUAAACGUUAUGAGUACCAAUAUUUAGUCGCUGAGUUUUUACUUUCAACGAAAACGGAAGAAGCGCACGUCGUCCGCUACAACAAAGUCCUUGUCCCAAUAUUGGAUCGAGCGUUUAGUAUGUGGAACAAAGCCCACGAGGAUACUAACUACGUUAGAGAAAAUCUGAAAGGAAUAUUAUCAUGCUUGUAUUCACGUUUCAAUAACGUUGUUUUGGAGAAAAAAAUGAUUCUUCCCAUUUAUAUGUUUACAGACAUAUUGAAAAGGAUUCAUGAAAAUUUAUCAGUGGAAGAAAAUUAUGUGAUAGUAAAAACACAUAAAUUGUCACUGGAUAUUUUAAAAAUAAUGGAUAAAGUUUUAAAAAGAAGCGAAGCAGCAAAAACUCCGUUGUCGGAAUCUGCUAAAGAGAGCGAUAGUGAUAAAUUUCGAGCACUGUAUGCUGAAACAGCGGGGGAACUGGGCAAACUGUGCGUAAAAUACUUAGAGGAAGACGUGUCGAACACCUUCCCAUCCAUCUACAAACUCUUUGCCAAAACUUUCGACAAUAUAUUUGAUGGUUUUAAUUUCGAUCGAAUUAACAAAAUGAAUGCCUUGAAAGCUUUCCUUGAGUUCAAAGAUUUCAUUCCGGGAUAUCUGUUCGUACUGGAGACUCUUCCGAAAUACCUUCACGAAGAAGAUGAAAAGUCAUUGAAGUCAGAAUUGUUAAAAGACAUCAGCGCACAUCCGUCUAAAGAAAUUAAAAUGCAUUAUAAUUUGUACUUACUAGGCGAUUAAUGCUUUGGUUUUUUUUUGCAUUUUAUGUGGUCACAAAUAUUGAAGUUAGUCAUUUACAAACUAAUUAUAAAUAAUAAUUGAUCGAUGUGUUUACUUUAUAAGUUAAUAGUACUAAAUCAGAAAUUUAAGGUAAUUUGCCUUAUUACAAAAAAAAGUUCUCGAGAAUUUGAUAAUUAGAUUAGUGGAUUCAAAAUGAAAUAUUGCUUGGCUUUUGAAGUCGACUGCUACUGAAAAUUCAUUUUAUAAUGCAUAUUAAUAAGACAAGUGUAUAUCAGUCUUUUCAAAUUGUUUAACAAUCUGUGAUUAAAACAUAAAGAGGUCUUUUUAUGCAUUAAAUGCUUUACUAUGUUUAUUAAUCGAUGUUUUUUUAUAUAUUUUAUAUUGUUUUAUUCAUUAUUGUAAUACAAGUAAAUGAACGAUUAAAUGAAA